AUGGCAGGGGGCAACUUGUACCGCGAAUUCAUGAAAAUCUGCAGCGUUUGGCCUGUUGAUCCCGUCAGGAGCGGCAAAUGCCUCGGCGAGUUCGUACGGCGUAAGGUGGCCGAAGAGUUCCGGCAGAGCGAGCAGACCGUCGUGCAGGACCCUCAGGAGUGCGGACGUCGGUUGGACAGCCUGCGUGCCCUUGCCUCUGAUCGGUACGCCAGGCAGUACCCGAGGAUCUCCGCGUCGUCUGCUUUGGGGCUCACGCGCGCCGAGUGCGCCAAGGUGAUCGUCGAUAGCCUGCACACUGCCCAAGGCGCGAAAGAGGAGAAAUCGCUGCUGGAAAAUCUGAAAGAGAGGCUCUCCUUCAAGACCGACAUCCCCGAAUCGUCGCCUCCGGAAAGCAAGAAGUGA